AUGUCCAUGAAAAGUGCCACCACACUAAUAGUUCUGCUCUACAUUCUUAUUCAUGUAAGAUAUCGAUUGUGGAACACCAUUUUCGAACUCAAAAAUAUCACCUGUCACAAAUAUCAUGAAGAACUCUUUAAAAAGGUUAGCUGUAAUUUUAUGAGACGUAGCAGCAAUAACUACAGCAUAGGGCUUCAAAUGAUGUUCAGUCGUGAAUUGGAUCGAAAUUUUAAAGCCCACGUUGCUAUUGACGUAACUCCAACAAAUUCUACACAAAUCAUUCAUUUAAUCGAUUUGAGAUUUAAUUGUUGUAUGUUUCUGCAACAAUCGCUAGCCAAUCAACUGGUCCGGCCGUUGAUGAAUGAAUUUAAGAGGGUUACCAAUCUGCCCGAAAAGUGUCCCUUCAAAAAGGAAACCCUAUAUGAUGUGAAGAAUUUCUCUUUAACGAAAAAGUUUAUGCCCACCUUUUUGCCCUCACUGGAUUUCAAUGCCACCCUAAAUCUCUAUGAUAGAAAUAAAUUAGUAGCUUCGGUUCAGAUUAUAGGAAAUAUCACCCAAAAAGAAAAAACUAAUAAACAAUAG